GAGAGAAAAAGGUCAAGCGCUAACCGAAAAAAAAAUACUGCGUAAAAUCUAAACGAACUGAGGGCAACAUUUUCGUCCUCGAUUCUACUUUCUCUUUGUUUACAACUUACUAGUACGGCAAUAUCGGGAAGCUCGUUGUCAAUCAAUUGCGCAACCUCUUUGUGCGUCCUCUUGCUCUUCCAAAUACACGACUCGUUGAACCGGAAAAAUAAAGGUCACCUUCAACAUGACGGCUUUCGAAUUGGAGGUAUCGCACGCGUACGCAUCUUGGUUGGAAACGCGAAUCGGGCACUACCUCGAUGAAAGAGAAAGAAAGGAAGCUGUUUUAAUCGAAGCAGAUAGGCUUCAGCUGGAAAAAAAACCGGCACAAAGCAGCGAAAUCCUCACGCGCAUAACGAAACGGAAGCACAUGACGCAGCAGAUCCGCAGCCUCUUGACGCAACACACCCAGUGCCUGAAAUUUGCCAAGCUCGGAAAGUUGUGCGAUGAGGACGCGCUCACAGUCGGCGAGGACGACGCGUAUACAUGGACCUGCGGGAGAUUAAAAGACGAAAACGCACCAAGAUCAUCCGCGAAAGACAUUUACGCUGCGUUGCCCAAGAUUGUUGGUCGCGAAAGAUGGGAGCGACAAGCGCUUCCAGUCGACGACCCCGAUUUUGAAGAGGACCGCGUGGAGAGUCGCCUCCAUCGUGUCGACCCGCCCCGCCGCUGCGAUUUAGAAGAGUACUGGCGGGACCAAUUGGAUGCCAUGGAGCCCUUGCGUCGCAGUUUGACGCAGGACCAACUCCGUUCCUGGAUGGGCGUCAUCCGCCGGAAACUUUACAGCGAGGACGCCCGGGAGAAAGGCGAAGGCUUCGCCCUCUUUCUGCCGGUGGAGCUGUUUCAGCACGUGAGUGCUUUCCUGGAACCAUUUGGCCUCGUGCUCCUCUCUGCGACGUACUACGCGCGGACUGCGUUGCAUCGGCGGUUCCGGGACGUUGAGAAGACCCUGGACGCGGCCUGGCGUAACUACUUGGGCGAAUUUAUGGACAACCACGGGCCGGGAAGCGAGAGUGCCUCACAGUUACUUAUUCCCUGCCACGACAGCCAACAAAGUCAGUGGCUCCAUUGGAUGGAAACGCGUCGGCGUGAAUAAAAACAGAAUCAAGCUGGACAUCAAGUUUUCUGGCGCUUCGUUCAUCACGAUCGGUGCCCAGCACUGGCCGUCUAAACUCGAGGAGGAGAUAGUCGCCAGCCGGGACUGGACUUUAAUCCGCAACCGAGAGGCGAGAAACGCGGAGAAGCAAUCAGUUCGAUUGUCCGCAAAAGCCGCGAGAUUCGACAACGUUUUGCUCGUUGUGCAAGAAUUUUUUGAGCAGAAGGGGUUCACCUUUUCCUACGGAAAGCUCCUUGCGAAAAGCGACCGAAAAACCUUCUGGAUUUCCUGGGGUGAGGGGCAUCAGUCUUCAUCGUCAGAGGAAGAUGAUGACGAAGAGGAUGAUCAGGAUAGUGCGUAGAAUCCCUUCACGUUCUUCAACUUCGAGCACAGAUCGAAAUCCACCUGAUCUUGUGCUUGAUCAUAACAGGCACACAGCGAAAAAAAGGGAAACAAACUAGAACUUCAUAUCCAGCACGUGCAGUUCUUUUAUCUUCGCUCCGAUGUAUA